AGAGACUGUCAAUCCCAGGCAGAGACAAGGCAGACAAAGGUCCAUUUGUAAGAAGCCUCCUUCCAACAUCUCCUCUCUCUCUCCUUUGCCCAGACUAGCCAGAGAGCUGGAGCAUUUAAGAAGACUCUUCUGCCAAUAAGACUGGAAAGAAAGAAAAAGGAACAAAAGCCAUGAUGAAAUCUGUGGUGCUUGUCACCCUGGGGCUCGCUUUGCUGUUAGGAACCCAUGCCAUGCCUUCAAGUCGCCUUUCUUGCUACAGAAAGAUGCUAAAAGAUCGCAACUGUCACAACCUUCCAGAGGGCAGGUCGGAUCUGACGCCGAUCGACACAAGCGUCCAGCAUCAUUUCUGGGACGGGAAGGGAUGUGAGAUGAUCUGUUACUGCAAUUUCAGUGAACUGCUCUGCUGCCCAAAAGAUGUCUUCUUUGGACCGAAGAUCUCCUUUGUGAUCCCCUGCAACAACCACUGAGGAUCUGCAUGCCUUCUGGAGAACACGGUCCCUAACUUCCCACAAACUGCGUUAUAUAGUUACAGUUCUGAUUUCCACCCAGCAUAUGAAAGCACAGCGGCAAUAAAAGUUAUUUCCAUUC